GUCGUUGAGGACGCUCGUAGGGCACCGAUCGCGAGGCUUUUGUUUCCUAUUUUUCGCCCAAACUCCUUCACUCCAAGAUCUUCUCCGCGAACAUAGCUUAUCAUGAUCAUGCAGCAUGCUACAUCUCUCCAGUACUAACGCUCAUGCUGCUCUGACAGUGACCUUCGUCUCAACGCUGUCGGGGAGCUGUCAUACAGGUCCCCCGCGACGUCGACGUUGUGCCGUAUGGGGCCAGGUGUUAGUCAUGUACCUGUCCCAGUAACAACAACAGUUGGGUAUGUACCUCCGAUGUCAAAGGACACGCCCGCGAGAGGGGACCAAUGGGCGCCUAUCUGAUAUCUGUCAUGGCACUGACGGCACUAGCGUCAAGAAUGAGUCAGGAAGGCCGAUGGGGAGGUUCAAUACCAGUGCCUCCCCAUCGCACCGCCUAGUUUGCAGAUAUAAAUGCCGCAGCUAACCGAGCCAGAAUGGCAAAGGUCUCACUGUCCUCGACGAUGCACAGGCCUCUCGCUGUAGUUGUACUCCUCCUAAGCCUACUCAUAGCGACAGCUUUCUCCCUCGACGUGCUCGAGACAGCCCAGCGCGAUAUCGGGAUCGACUGGUUUCCUUGUAGCGACUUCGACCCAACAUAUGCCGAUGUUAGCAACGGGAGGAACACGUCCUGUGGUUAUUAUGAAGUCCCACUUGAUUGGGCAGACGAGUCCGUAGGAACCGCUAGACUUGCGAUUGUCGCCUCCCGCGCCACAGAGGAUCGGCGGGGCACAGUCUUUGUCAAUCCAGGCGGCCCCGGUGCCUCCGGCGUCGGCUUCAUCUUCGAGUUCGGCCAGACCGUCAUACCAGCGAUCAGCCCCCACUACGACAUCGUCUCCUGGGACCCCCGCGGCUCGCACGGCCACUCAACCCCAGGACCUCCCGCCUGCUUCAACAGCACCGACGAGCGGAUCCAGUACUUCGCCGGCACGCUUGAAGGCACAGGUCUUGACAUCAAGGGCAACCUCACCGACGGUGAUCAAGUCGAAACCUUCUACUCGCAUGUGGACGAGAUGGAAGCGAAGUACCAUGGGCUAGGCGAGCGCUGUCUGGCUUCGGAUACUGAAGGGAUCCUGCCAUACCUUGGGACCGCGGCAGCCGUGCGCGACCUGGUCUCGCUCGCAGAUCAUCUCGAGCCUGGAGUGCAAGAGAUCAACUAUUGGGGAUUCUCGUACGGGACUAUGCUAGGGUUCACGUUCGUGCACAUGUUCCCGGAUCGCGUCGGACGCGUUGUUCUCCAGAGCUGCGCGAAUCCCAUUUUAUAUGCGGAUAAGCCCCCGACUGAACAAUUCGCCAACUUUCUGCGCGCCGCUGACAAGGUCUUCGAGGGCUUUGCUCAAGCUUGUGCGGUAGCCGGCAAGAGCAGCUGCCGGCUCGUGCAAAACGACGACGACACAGGCGCAGACAUUCAGCAGCGGAUCAGAAAUCUCCUCGACCUGGCGCACGAUCUACUCGUCUCCGGCGCAAACAUGUCGGACACGCUCACCUCCGCUGAGUUUCGCGAAAACCUAUACGCAGCAAUGUACUCUCCAUCUGGAUGGUCCGCCUUCGCCAGCCUGACGGCCACAUACGCCGAGUCGCUCGAGCUGCUCGCAGCCAACAAGACCAUCCCGUCGAAAAUUAGCCAAGUACUUCGGAUGUACAAGAUCGACGCCAGCCUGACGCCCACAUACGAGAGCGAGGCGAUAUGGUGCGGGGACAGCGUCGACGCCGGUAACAUGACCAUGCGCGACGGCUUUGACUCCAUAGUGCAGGCUUCCGAACAUGUUUCGAGCUUGUUUGGACCGCGUUGGUGGGAUAUACCUGGCAACCUCUGCUUCGCAUGGCCUGUACGUGCCGUCGAGAGGUACACAGGUCCAUGGAACAAGCGACUGAAGAACCGCAUACUCAUCCUUGGGAACACAGCGGACCCCAUCACACCGCUCGAGAACGCCCAGCUUAUGGUCGACCUCCUCGGUGACAGCGCCGCCCUGUUGACCCAGGAUCUCUUUGGCCACGCCUUCUUUGCGGAGCAGUCGACGUGCACUACCAACAUUGUUAGGAAUUACUUCAAGGACGGCUCGCUUCCAGCCGGCGGCACAAUUUGCAAGGCCGACGAUAGCGUCGUCCCGUUCCCCGCCGCUAACGCCUAUACGGGCUCUGGCGGCGAGGCAAGAGAUUCCUGACCGAGUCUAAUUAGUCGAUGGCCUUACAAACGUCCGAUAAGCACUCAUCUGUCGCUCGCACUCGCGCGCCGCAUCCUGGUCGCCAUCGACCUCAUCACACCGUUCGCGAGAACCGCAGGUCAACGGGGAUGCGCGAAGCGUUACCAUGCCCGACUCGGCACAACAGCGGCUGCUCAGAUGCUAUAGACGACCGCGUUGGCAAAGCCGCGACGACCGUUCUACAGCAUCCUCGCCGAGUGAACGCGCAGGCCGAACACUCACCGCUGAGCCCGAGCCUGCCGCCGAGGGUGGGAUGGUAUCUGUGUGUAGAAGUCAGCAUACGACGAAGGGCGAGAGAAUGGGCGAGACUUAUUUGAGAGAGACCGACUCAGGCUGCGCCCCGGUCGACAUCAUGACAUCUGCAACGCUCGCGCAAACCGCAGGUCAACGAGACAGACGCAUGACCGUUACCGUACACCGCCCAGCAUGGCAGUUUCGCGAGGACACCCCGGCGCUCGCCGAAACGAAGCACCAAAGUACUCACCUCGCGCCUACUGCGGCCAGGCGUAGUCAAAAGGAUCUCUGGAGGGCAAAGCAGAGCCGCCAAGGCGUGAAGAGAACGAGAGACUCACAAGCAAAGGUUCCUUCCGUAUCCUGGAGCACUUUCAAGAAAGGGACGCCCGUGAACUAAAGAACCUGAAGAUUGAAAGGCACGAGGAGACUGUCGAACGGGGCCGUGGACAGCUCUUAUAUAAGCAAACGGAGAGAAAGAUAGGAGGCACCAAGGCUGUAGAACAUUAGCGUCGAUGCUCAGCCGGAAUUACGACUGGACGGGACCAUUUGCGUGUUUCGGCCGUAGCUCCAAAAAGGGAAAUUUAUGGUCGUCCCUUCCGACGUGGAAGGCCUUCAUGACCCGCAGCGCCUGUUCUGUCGUCAGUAGAUGCUGAAGGAUUAGGUUCUC